AUGCAGGCACAGAGUCUGAGCGCAAGUGCGAAAGCAAGGUCUCCAGUGCUCGAGUACCGUACUGGUUGUGCGCUCGUUCGUCCCCACAGUAUAUCCUCCCGCUUAUCGAGACCGAGAUCGUGCCAUCCCGAGUACCUCCGCUAAUGAGGUUACUUUCGCAGCGGACCACCGGGAAGGGCGGGGAGGAUAUACGCCAAUAGGAUUGCUAAGGCGAACGAGGCGGACCAGGUUCUGGAGGGGUUAUGGGGAAAGUUGUGGGUGCGAUUGAUGGGGCCCAGAAGCGCGGAAUGGGGAUUGGGUGUCGAGGAGGGUUUAGAGAUUAGGGGGGAGGAGAGGUGCAAGGUUAGGGAGGAAGGUGGUGGUGAGCCUAAGCAUGAAGGUGAUGAGGUCGAAGGUAAGCGAGAAUGAGUGAGGUGUCGCAGAGGGAGAGAACAUGUGCCUCUACGAACUAGAUAAUGUAGGGCUAGAGGUCGCGGUGGCAUCAUAG